UGCAGAAGCUGAAUACAGUUUCUCCAGUACAGAUAUUCAAAGUUUCAAUUAUGGAUCCUACAGUGCAGAAGAGAAAGCAGCUGGCAUUGUCUGCAGCAUUAGGAUGUCUACAAAAUCUGUGCAAAGUUUCUGAAAACAAAGCCUAUUAUCGAGAGCCAGAAAGGAAUGCAUUAAAAUGGCUGGACAUUUACAAAGGAUCUCCCGAUGAAGUAAGACGUAUAAUGUCUCUGUUGAUUCUGUCUUAUAUCAUUGAUCCAGAAACGGAAACUGACUUGGUAUUUGAUACCGAAGGUAUUAUAGAUAUUUUGAAGUCUAAAUUGGCAGAAAGAGUUCUUGGUCAGUCAAAUGAAUUUUCAACUCAUGAACUUAUUGAAGGACUUGAGAAACUGUCAGUGAAUGCUGAUAACAAGGCAAAGAUUAUCAGUCAAUCUUUAGAAUUUAUUCAAACUGUAUUGUUGACUGGAAGUGAGAAAGAAAGGAGGUGUGCCAAUAAAGCCCUGAAAACACUGGGAUAUGAUGCAGAAGAAUUUUUACCAGUACAGAGCAAAAAAACUGAAGAAGAUCCAUCUGAAAAAGAAGUUUCCAAGAUAUUUGUUGAUGCUUUGGAGUUUGUACGUGACAUGUUGUGUGUAUUGGAUGCUAUGGACAGCUUUGUGUCAGACGAAAUGACUCAAAUUGUAAACGCCAUUGUAACAAAUGGGUGUAAUAAUCUGACCAGAGAAGAACGAGAAGCUGUUGCUGACAGUCUUGUUGACAAUGGUAUUGCAGAGUUAUUGAUGAAGAUUUUGACAGAUUUAAUAAAGGACAGAGAACUUGUAUACAAGGAUAACCAGAUAUUUGCCAUAUUCUAUGGUGUGUUAAGUAUUAUAUGGAACUAUAGCGAUGCUAGUCUGGUUUUCUCAAGUGCUCUGGGAAAAGAAGGAGUUGUCAAAUUUAUGUUUGAUAUCUGCGAAUCAUAUUACAUGGAUAAGCGUGAGGAGAUGUUCCAACUUUCUGCUGCAAUGGGAAUCAAAAGAGAUGAUGAAAAAAAAGUAACAAACAAUCCUCCACCAAAAAAAGAAGAGACAUCAGAUGAACAAUUAAAUGACACGGUGACACACUCUUCCCAAGAUGCAAAGCUGCUGAACAGUUGCAAGACAGCAUCAAGGGUAACCUGUGAUAGUAUAAGAAAGGCAGUCUUCAUCAGCAACAAACCAUUAGAGACUGGAUAUUUAUUUGAGAUACAAGUUGAUAAGUUUAUUGAGGGUGAACGUUACAUUGGUUCACCAGAGUUUGGUGUGACAAUACAUUGUGACAUUCCAGAGGAUGUGACUUAUACUGGUGAAGGACUGGGCAGAGGAACCGGAUUCUGGAUGUUAAGGCAUAGUGAGUUUAUAAAAGACUUCAAAUUAAUUGGUGGGGGAUACCCCCUACAGCUUCUUAACGUCAAAGUUGGUGAUUGCAUUGGAAUUAUCAGAUUUCCUGAUUCCACCAUUCACUAUUUUUGGAAUGGACAAGACAUGGGUGUUGCUUUCAGAAAUGUACCGCAAAAUAUAUAUGUACUACUCUGUGUUGAUGCUAACUGGGAGAAGGUCACAUUGAAGGAAGUAAAGGAGAUUGCCAUGGCAAGUGAACUUGUUGAAUCUACUGAAAAACGUGGAAAUAAAGUGCACAAUAUUCAAGACAAAUUCGAGUUCACUACUGUAAGCGGCAGUAAGUUUUCGGGGAAAAAGUUAGUCUUUCCAUAUGGCACUGAUUUUGUUGAUCCAGACGUAAACCCAGAGGAGUAUCAAAUACUUGAGAAAGCAACAAGCACUGACAAUACAGAAUUGGUUGAUGCAUUCUCUCAUGUAAAAGAAGGCCUUGAUGAACUACACCAAAUCAACCAAGUCAGUGCCGAGAAAGGUUACCUGAAUGAGCGGGAUAUGGAGAAUGUUAUCCAAACUAUUAAAGCCAUGGUGUCUAUUCAAACAGAUCCAGUUACUUCAAUUCCAUUACAUGUGCUUGGUAAUGUUGUAGACCUAGCAGCAACAUGUAUUUAUAAAUUUCUCAAAUUGAAACUUGAUGAUACGGAUGAGUUGAAAAUGGGACCAAAGCUCAUGAAAGUAACAGGACGGUUUGCUGAUAUUCUCGAGAAUGUUGUCAUACCAUGUUUUGACAAUUUGAAAGGAUUAUCUUCAUAUGUUUGGACAGGAAGCACGAGUGAAGGGUUCGCGUUUGUUGAUGAAUAUCGUGACCAAGUAUACAUUAACGAUGAGAUAGAUAUCAUGGUUCCCAUAGCAACAGUGAAUGAGCAGAGUGAAUUUGGGGAGAGACCAAGUAAUGCAAUAUCAGAGUUGGAAUGGGCAAGUAAUAAUACAGGGAGUUGUACACUCUUAGAAAUGAAAUCUGGUAAUCACCCUGGAUAUGUUCGAGUGUUCGCAUCAUCAUAUGGUUCAGCUAUCUUAAGUGACAAUUCUAUCACAAAUAUUUUUAUUCAAAGUGAAACGAAUGGGAAGAUUGCCAAAUUUCUGUCCCGUUCCAAAAUCUUAAAAUCACAAGAACAUCAUGUACGUGGACGCUUUCCAUGUGUUCAACAACAACUCAUUGAAAGAUUCAAAGAUGGAUCCUUUACAGGAAGAUUAGAUUUAGUCCAGGAAGGUCCUGCCCAGACGCUAUGUAUACAGUUUCCUAUUGGCACAGGACCCAAGGACGAAGAAUAUUUAUUUGAGCAAAUGGUUGAUGUGACACUCGCGUUGAGGUGUCAGAAUUGGCCGGAUAUAUCGCGUCCAUGGAUAACACGUCAACGUCUGUGGCCAGAUGCCAACACUGUUCAGAAAAUCGUUGAUGAUGGCUGCCAUGUGGUCCCCAAGGCUUACCCAGGCGAAGGUGGAGAUGUUGAUCUGGAUUGGAGGCUUUCUUUCUCAUUGGCAGAAAGAACAUUAGCAUUGUCAGUGAAUGAGAUUCAGAGAAACUGUUAUCUUGUUUUGAAGUCUUUCUGGCGAAGAUUUUUGAAGAAACCCAAGGUCUUGUCCUCAUACCAUUUGAAGACUACUUUAUUCUGGCGAUGUGAGAAAAUUCCUCCGAUACAGUGGACAAAGGAAAACAUGGGGGAGAGAUUCCUGGAACUCAUCGAUGACAUCAUCGCUGGUUUAACAAAGCGUAACAUUCCUAACUUCUUCAUUCCAGAGAAUAAUAUGCUGAGUCAUGUUUUGGAGACAGACAUUUUGGAGGUUCUUGAGAAAGUGAAAGAUUUUGGAGUGUUACAUCAUUUGUUGUUAGAUAUGAGUCGUAAUAAUGACUACGUUUGUACACUGAGUCCUGAUCUAAUAGAGAAGGCAAAACGGGAACUGAACGAAAACCCGGAGUCACGUCAGCAGCAAUUGGCAGAUUUACGCGCUAUGUUCCGCGAAAGACCCGAUAUCAAGUUCCGUUUAGACGACUCUUUUUUAAUACGUUUUCUACGAGUCCGAAAAUUUGAUGUUAAGCGUGCCUUCAAUACAUUAGUUCAUUACUAUGAAGUGAGGUCCCAGUAUAUGGAUAUCUUUACCGAGUUUGCACCAUCUACAGUCCCGCAACCACUCGGGGACGAGGUUGAUUUGGUAUUGCCAGGUAGAGACAAAGAUGGACGCCGAAUAUUCAUCAAAAGGCCGGGACGAUGGGACACAGACACAUAUUCGGCCAUACCGUGCUUCAAGUCAACUCUACUUCUCCUGGAGAUGCUCUCAGAAGACGAGGAAACACAAGUAAAUGGUAUUGUGUUUGUUGUCGAUUAUGCGGGAAUGACCAUGAACCAUGCUAAACAGAUGAACCCUAUUAUAAUGCGAAAACUUACCGAUAUAAUUCAGAAUGCCAUGCCACUGAGAUUAAAGGCUAUACACCAUGUCAACCAGUCAAAACUAUUUGACAUAGUAUUCGGGAUUAUAAAACCCUUCCUCACUGAAAAGAUGACCAAGAGGUUGUAUUUUCAUGGAACUGAAUUCGAUACUUUGCACCAACACAUACCAUCAUCAAUCUUGCCAGCGGAAUAUGGUGGAGUCCUUCAAAAUGUAACCAACAGACAGUGGAUCGAUCGGUUGGUGGCAGAAGAGGCAAAAUUUACUGAGAAUAAUAACUACGGGUUUCCGAAAUCUAAAGAAGCCCUAGGUGGUGUAAAAAGUGGUAUGGAUCCAGCUGGUGGACUCGUGGGGACAUUUAAAUCGUUGAACGUCGACUAGUAUUCAUUCUAAUCUUGUCUAUUAAUCUUUUCGGGGUUUAUUUUUGUGACAAACUAUUUAUCAGAGAAA